CGAACCGGCUUCUUCCCCAAUUCCACCGGUCGAUGUCUAUCUCUCUCUUCCAUUGACCCCGUCCCUCUCUCUCUUUUCUCUUCCUCACCCCUCCACCUCAUUUACCCCCGCGCAUAAUCCACCAUGUUCCGUCCAGCCCCCAGAGCUCUCCUCCGCGCCCCGUCGACGCCGUUCGUCGCAGUCCGUGGCCCGGCUAGCAGGCGAUUGGUAAGCACCGCUUCCUCCUCGGGGACGCCCAAGUCCAGGAGUUGGAAGAGUACUGUUGUGAGGGUUGGAUUGGCCGCUGGUGCGGUUUACUAUUAUAAUACGAGUGAUCUUUUCGCGGGCCAGCAGUCGUUCUCCCUGCGAAACCAAGUCUAUGGCUACGAGCCCGUCGACGAGAAAUCCCUCCCUACACUCAACUCCAUCGAGCCGAAGAUCCGCAAAGAACGCGAACAAGAACGACAGAGGGAACAAGCUGCGCGCGCCGCCGCCGCUGGGAAAUCGCCCGAGCAGCUAGAGGAGGAAGCUGGUCAGGAGGCUGCGUUCAACCCGGAGACUGGCGAGAUUAACUGGGACUGCCCGUGUCUGGGCGGAAUGGCUCAUGGUCCUUGCGGGGAGGAGUUCAAGGCGGCGUUCAGCUGCUUUGUGUAUUCGAAUGAUGAGCCGAAGGGGAUUGAUUGUAUUGAGAAGUUCAAGGGCAUGCAGGAUUGCUUCCGUGCGCACCCCGACGUUUACGGCGCCGAGCUAGAGGACGACGAUGCUCCCGCUGAGAACCCCGCCGCUCCCUCGAAGGAGGAGGUUUCCGCCGCCGUCAAGGCCGAUUCCGCCUCGCAUCCCGAUGAGAAGCAUGCCCGCGCAAAGGAUGUCAAGACUCAGGUUGCCAGCGCCGCAGCAAAGGAGGGCGAGCAGGCUGAGAGCGACGAGUUGAUCCCCAAGGCAUGGCACGACACAGAAAGCAAGAACACGGAGUCCAAGGCUCAGAAAUUGGAGAAAUGAAUAGAUGAAGGCCCUCAUAAAGUGGAAGGAAGAGAUUCAUAUCCCGCUUUCUUGCCGGUGAUAUCGCAGGCUGAAUAUGAGGGAAGGGAAUCGUGCCGUGUAUGUGGUAUCUCCAAAUUAUGAUGAACUGGAACGAGGAAGAGAAGGGAGGGAAGAAAAGCGGAAAGCAUCUUUCUCUUUGGAAAAUAACCAAGAAAUGAGCCUUUUUGAGCUCUCCUUUUUGGUUUCAUUUUCUUCUACAUGUGUAUCACUGUCUAUGUCUAUCUACCAUGUUUCAUUUUGUUUGUUGCUGUUCUUUUCUAGCAAUGUAACUACUGUAUUAUGUAUUAUCUACUCUGGCAUUGAGAAUAGAAUUGAAACCAUCUCUCUUUACUUGAGAACAGC